UUACACCAAAUCCAUCGUUCUAUAUUUUCACAUGCUUAAGUGAAAUGAGAAGAGAAGAAGAAAAACUUGUGUUUUUGUGUUAAAAUAAAAUUUAAACAAAAAGUGCGUCCUACCGAAUUAGAAUCCUAAGUCAAAUUUAACUCUUCAAAUUCAUAAUUUACUAAAAAAUACUAUUAUAUAAAUACAAAAGAAAGUCCAAAAGGUUUACAACAAACUCACAAAACUACACUGCAUUCAGCGAUUUGAAUACCAAAUUAAGAAAAAAAACUCAAGAUGACGGUAUUUCGAGAAAUCACAAAAUCAAGACUGAUCCACCUGUGUAUAGCAAUGACAUUCUUUACAUCAGGACUUAUAAUCAACUUCAUACAACUUAUCUUGCAUUUUUGUUUAAAGCCAUUCAACACACAACUUUACAGAUCUCUGAUGUACUAUCUCUGCUUCUCGCUUUAUUCUCAACUUGUUUUUGUUGCUGAAUGGUGGGCAAAUAGUAGAAUAGAAGUAUGGAUAGAUGAGAAAGACAAGAAAUUUGCUGGAAAAGAACACGUUCUUCUGGUAAUGAACCACACAUACGAAAUUGAUUGGUUAGCCGGAUGGAUGUACGCUGACAAAUGCCAGGUUCUGGGAAAUUGUAAGGCUUACGCCAAGAAAGUCAUCUCCUAUAUACCAUGCAUUGGUUGGGCUUGGAAGUUUGCCGAGUUUGUUUUCCUUGAACGGUCCUAUGACAAGGAUAGGGAAAUUAUUUCACGUCAAUUGCAGGCCAUUAUGUCCUACCCACAUCCUGUAUGGCUACUACUUAAUGCCGAAGGGACCCGUUUUACCCCACAGAAACAUGAAGCAUCAGUUAAAUUUGCCGAGGAGCGGGGAUUGCCUGUUCUCAAACAUCAUUUGAUCCCACGCACUAAAGGCUUUACUGCCAGUUUAGCCAGUCUUCGCAACAAGUGCACAAUCUACGACAUUAAUGUUGCAUUUAAAAAGGACGACCCGGUUGCUCCAACUAUGUCUAACUUGUUGAAUGGCAAUGGAGUUAAAGCGUACAUGUUUGUUCGACGCAUUCCAUUAGAUCAGGUUCCAGAAGACGAAGCUAAGGCUGCAGAGUGGCUCCAAGAAACAUUCCGUGAGAAGGACAGGAUUCAGGAUAGUUUCCACACGACGGGAAGUUUCUUCAAAACUUCAGGCUUCAAAGAAACACAAAGCGAAGUUCAGCAACCACGAUUGCAAGUUCUAAUUAACUACAUCGCUUGGGCGACGUUCUCGAUAUCUACAAUUUUAUAUUACUUGGUAUCCUCGUUACUGUCACAAAAUUGGAUCGGGCUUUCAAUAGCUGUAGGCGUUUUAUUAACCUUCUACGUCCUGAUGUCGAAAGCAAUUGGUAUGUCGGAAAUAAGUAAAGCCUCAUCAUAUGGAGCUGAAAAUGGGAAGAAGAACACAAAUUAACUUUAAAAAAAAAUUAGAAAACAACCUGUUAUUGAAUUGUUCAA